UCAUUUUUUAUUUUUUUGUCCGUCAAAAAUACUAUAAAGGGGCGAGCGAAAUUCACGUCCUCUCCAUAAACAUAACGACCACCUCAUUGCUCCCUCUCUCCCUCCCCAUCUCCUCCUCCAUUCUCCUCUCUCUCCCUCUCUCUUUCUCGCUGUUCGUUUGAUCGGAGUUCAUUGAAUGCGCGUCCCUCAGAGGCCUGGACACGGCGGUGACAAUGUCGUUCUCCGAUUCGGAAUGUUCUUCUCAUGGCGCAGAGUACAAAAGCUUCGGUCAAAUCACCCGCGACCGUUUACUGAAUGACAUGCUCGGGGCAGCAAAAUCAGGGGACUCAAAAACAUGGAAGGUGCUCAUUAUGGACAAGGUUACGGUAAAGGUGAUGUCGUCCUCAUGUAAGAUGGCAGAUAUCACAGACCAAGGCGUUUCCUUGGUCGAAGAUCUUUUCCGCCGAAGGCAGCCCCUUCCGUCUAUGGAUGCAAUCUAUUUUGUUCAACCAUCAAAAGAGAAUGUUAUCAUGUUCUUGUCUGACAUGUCCGGGAGGGUGCCUCUGUACAAGAAAGCAUUUGUAUUUUUUUGUUCUUCCGUUCCGAAGGAAUUGAUUAAUCACAUCAAGUGCGACACCAGUGUGCUGCCCCGAAUAGGUGCAUUGAGAGAGGUAAGAUUUAUUUUCUGCCUUCAUUGUGAUGUAAUUAUCUACUUAAGCUCUCAAAUUGAUUUUGUGUUUCUAUUCAAUUUGCAGAUGAAUUUGGAGUAUUUUCCUAUUGAUAGUCAGGGUUUUGUCACUGAUCAGGAAAGAGCAUUAGAGGAGCUCUUCGGUGAAAAUGUUGCAAACUCACGGAAAUUUGAUGCUUGUUUGAACACCAUGGCGACUCGAAUUGCUACAGUUUUUGCUUCACUCAACGAGCUUCCAAAUGUGUGGUAUCGUUCUUCGAAGGGAGAAGAUUCAUCUAAUUUCCGUGCAUUUGUUCCUUCAAAACUUGCUGCUGCAAUUUCUGACAUUCUUGUGAAAUACAAGUCCAUACCCAACUUUCCACAGAAGGAGACGUGCGACCUGCUAAUUGUGGAUAGAUCCAUCGAUCUUAUCGCUCCAGUUAUACAUGAGUGGACCUACGAUGCGAUGUGCCAUGACUUGCUGAACAUGGAUGGCAAUAAAUAUGUGUAUGAGGCUCCUAGCAAAACUGGUGGCGAUCCAGAGAAGAAGGAAGUGCUUCUGGAGAGCCAUGAUCCAGUUUGGUUAGAACUUCGCCAUGCUCAUAUAGCCGACGCAAGUGAAAGAUUGCAUGACAAAAUGACCAACUUUGUGAAUAAGAACAAAGCUGCGCAGGUUCAGAGGUCUUCAAGAGAUGGAAGUGAAUUAUCUACGCGUGAUUUGCAGAAAAUUGUUCAGUCUCUUGGUCAGUACGGGGACCAAGUUGACAAGCUUUCUAGCCAUGUGGAGAUAGCUGGAAAAAUUAACACACUUAUCAGGGAAACAGGCCUUCGGGAUCUAGGGCAGCUAGAACAGGAUCUUGUUUUUGGGGAUGCAGGAGCUAAAGAUGUCAUCAGCUUUCUGAGGACAAAGACGGAUGCAUCUCCUGAGAAUAAGUUACGUCUUUUGAUGAUUUAUGCAUCGGUCUAUCCCGAGAAGUUUGAAGGGGACAAAGCUUCGAAGCUAAUGCAGUUGGCGAGACUAUCACCUGACGAUAUGAAGGUUGUUCAUAACAUGCAAUUGCUUGCUGGAUCAUCCCAAAAUAAGAAGAAUCAGUCGGGUAGUUUCUCCCUCAAGUUUGAUGGUCAGAAGACCAAAGGAGCAGCAAGGAAAGAUCGAACUGAGGAGGAGGAGGAAGCAUGGGCACUAUCACGGUUUUACCCCAUGAUAGAGGAACUGAUAGAAAAUCUAAACAAAGGCGAGUUGCCAAAGGGUGAGUAUUCUUGUAUGUCUGAUCAGACUUCGAGUUUUGGUCGGGGUGGAGAGAGUGAGAGCAAAUCAGUACGGUCAAGCCAAGCUCCACUUCCAGUACCAGAGAGGAAGGUUCCAGCUCAGUCAAGGAGAUCAAGGAGGACUGCUACGUGGGCCCGAUCUCACCAUUCCGAUGAUGGAAGUUCUAGUGAAUCGGUCUUGAAAAACGACUUUAGGAAGAUGGGGCAGCGUAUUUUUGUAUUCAUCAUAGGUGGAGCAACUCGAUCUGAGCUCAGAGUUUGUCAUAAGCUGACAGCGAAGUUAAGGCGAGAAGUCGUCCUCGGUUCGACAAGCUGUGAUGAUCCUCCACAGUAUAUUACGAAACUGAAGCUAUUUGGAGAAGUUGAUCUGUCAAUGGAUAUGCAACAUGGGCUCAGAUUUUAAACUUCUUAUCCACAAGAAGCGGUUUAGUGCUUCAGUUAUAGAUCGGCUACAGGUCAGUGAUCUCGAUGAAUUCGAGAUUUGAUGUGGUCAUUAUUUAUUAUGCUUCAACCUCUCUACCGAACUUAAAAAUGCCAAUAGUCAAAUGAUUCAAUUACAUAUA